UACACACACACACACACACACACAAAACACAGGCUGCAUAUAGUCUGCACACACACACACACAAAUGCGGGGUCCUCCCAAACAGAGCCUCUUUCACCGUGUGAGUCAACAAGAAGUAGCCUCGACACCGUAGGAAACUGGGAAACAUUGGACCUCUGCUUGUUGGACGAGAAGGAGGAGGAGGUGUCUUGUCUGCCCGCCUGCUUUCUCGCGCUCUCUCUCUCUCUCUCUCUCUGUCUCUCUCUCUCUCGCUCUCUCUUUCUCUCUCUCAAUCAGCGAGGCUACUGCCACCAGAGCCAAGAGUUGCCGUUCCGCGCACCGAUGCCAAAACGCGCAGGAGGAGUCAGUGCCAAAGGGUCAUUUUAGCGCACCACCGCUGAAAUCGAAGGACUGUAGGGAAUCCUAGAAUAAACAGCAGCCAUCUGACCCUACAUGAUAUAAUCAUAUCAUUAGAAUUAAGAGAAAGGAGCCAAAUAAGAGCCAGUACAUAUCACCGGUGGAGUGCACCGUACUUCAUCUGUCACCACGGUCGCUGCAGAGGUGGGCAGUCCGGGAUUUUUUAUUUGAAAAAAGGUCAAAAAAAAAAAAAAAAAAAAACCCUACCUGCGCACAUAUCAGCUCAUCGGCCACUAUUAGCCAACUGCUUCCUAAAACUGCACUUUGGCUUCCUCAAUUCAGGUGUUGCGUCCUCCGAAGACGCUGCCGGACAUUUGUGGGCAAACUGGUCUUCCAUCCUUGUCGCGCUCCCGUCCGACUCUUCUUCACCUUCCGAAACGCGCAUCCAAAAAAAAAAGUUGCGGCUGAAGACUGUGAAUAAUAGCAGAGGGGAUUAGGAGGAGGGAGAGUUGGUCUCCAGCGAUCCAGAGAGGACCGACACCACGGUCCAAGCCGACUCCAAGUGCCGUUCACCGGGCGAUGCCAGAGUAAAUGCCGGGGCAAUGUCCCGCCGCAAGCAGGUGAACCCGCAGCACUUAUCAUUGACGCACAGGGAGACAAUACAAGCAGAGGCCAAUCAUGAUUCAGGGGCGGGAUCUCCAUCUCCAGAGCCAUCAACCCCCAGCCCUCGGAGGGUGGGUCCAGGGGAGCAUGAUCUGCUGACCUGCGGCCAGUGCCAGACCAACUUCCCCCUGGGCGAUAUCCUGGUCUUCAUCGAGCACAAGCGCCGUCUGUGCCGGGGCCCCGGGAGCGGACCAGGCUCUUUCUCCAAGCCUGGGGAGAGCGGCGGGAUCGCGGGCAUUCCCAUUUCUCCCAGGGCCAGGUCACUGGAGCUUGGUAGAGGGUCCAUUCCGGUGGAGGUGGGCGUCCAGGUGACCCCCGGAGGAGAAGAGGAUGAGGAGAGGAGGCUGACGCCGGCCAAGGGAAUCUGCCCCAAACAGGAGAGAGGAGAUAAAGAUGAGCCAUCCAGCUACAUCUGCACUACCUGUAAGCAGACCUUCACCAGCGCCUGGUUCCUGCUUCAGCAUGCACAGCACACUCAUGGCAUCCGCAUCUACCUGGACAACCACCCAGUCAACUGCUCCCUCACUCCCCGCAUGGCUCUGCCUCCGCCGCCCGGCGCUGAUGCCCUGCCCCGCUCCCCUCUCCCCACUUUCCUCGGUGACACCAACAACCCAUUCCACCUCCUCCGCAUGGCCGCGCCCCUGCUCAGGGAACACCCCCCUCCUCCGGGGUACAUGGAGACCCGGCUGCCUGCAACACCACCCUUUGUCAGCCCUCCACCUCCCCCAAGACCCCCUCUAGAGCGGCUAGGUCCAGAGGAGAUGGGGCUGCUGUCCCAGCACCCCAGUGCCUUUGAGAGGGUGAUGCGGAUGACCCCCAUGGAGCCCCCCUCCAUGGACUUCUCCCGACGUCUGAGGGAACUGGCGGGCAACACCACCAACAAUGGGGGGCCCACGCCCCCUCUUUCACCUAAUCGUGUGCCACCCAUGCACCGCCUGCUGAGUCCCACGCUUUUCCAGCCUGGCGCCAAGCCCCCGACGUUUCUUAGCUACACCCCUCAGCCACCCACCUCUCAGGGGGGACAUGGUUCUUCCAGCUCUCCUGACAACCAGGGUCCAAACCAGGCCCCAGGGAAAGCAAAAUCCUGUGAGUUCUGUGGCAAGAUUUUCAAGUUCCAGAGCAACCUGAUCGUCCACAGGCGCAGCCACACAGGAGAGAGGCCGUACAAGUGUCACCUAUGCGACCACGCCUGCUCCCAGGCGAGCAAGCUCAAAAGGCACAUGAAGACACAUAUGCACAACAAGUCUGGGUCUAUGAGUGGCUCCCCGGAACAGGGAAGUAGAGGAGAGGGAGGAGAGGGUGAAGAAAAGAUCCGGGAGGGAGGUUCAAGAGGGAUGGGAAUGGACAAUGAGGAGGAAGAGGAGGAAGAGGAAGAGGAAGAAGAGGAGGAAGAGGAAGAGGAGGAAGAACUGAGAAAUGGAAGUCGGCCAGAUUCCAACUUAAGUGAGGACUCUCAGGAGUUCAGCCAGAACAGGGAGAAUGGCCCAAGACAGUCUCCCGAUGACAAGCCCCUGAGCAGGGAUAGAGUAAAUGACAGUGGCGGGGUGGGCAUCAUGCACCCCUACAACCAUAUGGACAAUCAUCUUAGACUUAACCCUAAUAAGAGAAGCCUGGAGAGACAACCUAAUGGAGAUGGUGGAGAGAGGGGUGAAGCAGAAAGAGAAAGAGAGAAUGAGAGGGAGCAGGACAGAGAGCGAGAUGAGCAGGAGGACCAGAGGCCUGUGAUGAAUGGCAGAAUUAGUGUAUCUGAAGCAGACUCCUUCCCUGGGUUGUUCCAACGUCGGCCCACCCCCAUCACCAGCCCGAGCCCCUCAAACAACAAGAGGAUCAAGAUUGAGAAGGAACAGCUGGAGCUUCCCCCAACCAUACCCCUUAUCUCCCCAGAGAACGUCUACUCUCAGCUCCUGGCUGGCUACGCUGCUUCACGCCACUUCAUCAGAGAACCCUUCUUGGGAUUCACUGACUCCCGUCAGUCGCCGUUCGCCACCUCCUCCGAGCACUCCUCUUCAGAGACGGGAAGUCUCCGCUUCUCCACCCCACCUGGCGAGAUGAUGGAGGGAGGGAGCGCUUCGGGCCGCAGCGGCAGCAGCACUCCUCACCUCCUGCGGGGACCGGGACCGGGGCGGCCCCCGAGCUCCAAGGAGAGGAGGAACGACACCUGCGAGUACUGCGGCAAGGUGUUCAAGAACUGCAGCAACCUGACGGUGCACCGACGCAGCCACACGGGGGAGCGGCCCUACAAGUGUGACCUGUGCAGCUACGCCUGCGCCCAGAGCUCCAAGCUGACACGCCACAUGAAGACCCAUGGGCAGUUUGGAAAAGAGGUGUACCGCUGCGACAUCUGCCACAUGCCCUUCAGUGUCUACAGCACACUGGAGAAACACAUGAAGAAAUGGCAUGGCGAACAUUUGAUGGCCAGUGAGGUCAAACUGGAGCAGGCGGACAGAGGUUAAGCCAGCAACCAUUACUUAUACAGCCUACAGUGUACACAAGCAAACACUCUCACACACACACACACACACACACACACACACACACACGCACACAAAAGCACACACGCACACACAAAUUCCCUAUAACCACUUCUUCAGCUAUGGGGCUUGGCUGGAUAAUCUCUCUCUUAAAAAAAUUUUGAGACUGAUUGAUGUUCAUCUUUUUUUCUUGUCACAGAAACUGCCACCUGAGAAUAUAAACAAAGGGAAACUUUAAUGAGAACUUGUCUGGAAUGCCCAACUUGGUGUUUCUUGGCAAACUGUCUGAGGAUUUUAUCAGUUAGGAAUCCAUGGAGCCUUUCUACUGUGCAAUAAUUUCUGUAUUUAUUGGAUUUUUGUAAUGAUAUUUGGCAUGUGCAGGUACAUCUUUGUGGGAUUUCAUAUGGAGUUAGUUUUGAAAUGUGCUAAAAAAAAAAGAAAAAAACUUUUUUUUUUCUAAAAUGCGAUAACUGGAAAGAAGUCACCCUUAAUACAAAUUUUCUCUUUUUUUCCUUUAAGGAAGCUUAUCAUGUGAGAGUAAAAUUGUGUGAAGCAGUUAGCUUUUAAAAGUAAAAAUAAUUGUUUUCUAUAUUAACUGCAGCAGCGGACUACAAUCCAUUCCCUCAUACAGGCCUAAAGCACUGAAUGUCAGCCUGACAAUAAAACAUCGUGCUGGAUUUUAAAAAUCCAACAUUGUCCUAUAGACCUGAUAAGUUACUUUUAAUUUAUUCAGGGAAUUUGUCCUUUUUUCUUUUAAAUAUUGGCAUGUGAAUAAUAUCAAAAAUGUAGUUACUGUAUCGCUGUCCUUGCUUCAGUCAGGACAUAAAUAAAGGUUGCACUUAAUGGAGGUACCCUUAACUGAUGCUCAGAACAUUCCCAGUGUAGGAUUAAAGCAACAUAUUUAAUAUGUUGAAUGAGUUAAGACUACUUGUGAUUAAUGUGAGAAGGAGAACAGUCCUGUUUAUGGUUUGUAAAUAUAUUCUUUUUUUAAUAUGUUAAAGUAGCCCCGACUGUACGUGAAAGAUGGCCUAAAAUUAAACAAUCAGAAGACCAGCUGCUUGCAUCAUCCACAGUAUAUGCUAAGUGUAACUACCAUACAUUAUUGCUUUAUCAGACCCACUUGAUUACCUCCCCCACUCCCCCACCUCAUGUGUGCUUACUCAAAGGCAAUUUGUUAACCGAAAGCUACUUCAACAAUUGUAACACUUUCUGAAUCUUUCUCUCUCUCCCUCUCAUGUCUGGCGUGGCAUCUCUCUCUCUCUCUCUCUCUCUCUCUCUCUCUCUCUCUCUCUCUCUGACCCAGGCUAACUUCCCCAUGUCCCCUUAGGACCCACGAAAUGGUUUCAAAUGAAAUUCAUAUCAAUAUGUGUUAGCGUGUGUGUGUUCUUCUCACUGCAGCGUGCUCUAAGCCUCUCUCCGACGACGUCUUUUCACAGUUCACUAGCUCAGAUUCAUGCAUUAGAGCGGCUUUUAAAAGGGAAGCCUGUUCAUUCGCCUCACAAAGUGAUAUGGGUUUAACUCCCAGUAACAGAUUUUGAGACAGUGUGCAUGUUCGUGACUUUUGGGGAUUACGGUUUUUAUUUUCUGCAUCGUUCCUCCUGAAAUGAAUCUGGUGCAAAGCAAAAAAAAAAAAAUGGCUAUAUGAGUUAUGAUAAUUUUGAGCACAGCUGCACAGGGGGAUGGCCGGGCGACCUUGAGUAGGGGCUAUUCUUAUGGUAAAAAUGAAAGAUUGGAACUAAGAAAUGAAGGGAAAGAGAGCAAGACCUUGACCAGGGAGAAGAGUCAUUCAAAUGAAAUUGGAAGCAUAUGAAAAGUGCGUUUCUUUUCUUUUUUUUUUUUAUUUUGUACCCAAAAGCACAUCUAGUGGCCACAUCUUAUAACGGACCAUCAGAGUGAGACAGAGUGAGCAUGAGAGGGAGGGAGACAGCAAAGCCACAUGAAAGGAGAUUGAGACUACAUCUUUCAUUUUACUACUGCAAUUCUCAGUCAUCAAAAUCAUCUUCACUUGAAAGUUUGACCUGCUUUUUUUGGCCUAUUGUCAGGUUUUAUGUGCGCCAUUUUGUUUUGAUAGAAAAAGGAAUAUAGUGUACCUUCACUUCAAAUUUCUCUUAUUGAGGUUGCAGAGAGGAAAUGAUGUUAAGGCCACAGUAGCUCUCCAUAAGCUAUUCAGUUACCAUGUAGAUCAAUAUGUUUUAGUGAAUUUAACACAAAAGGCGACGGCGGCUGAAGAGAGUUUGCUUACAAAUGUUGAUGCAUGAGUGCAUAAAAUCAGAGUCCUUUUGUAAAUGCACAGUGUAUUCAUCCCAGGAGAAUUCAGUUCAGAGUUAGGCCAAAUGAGCCAAUACGACUAUGAAAUACAUCACAUUGAAACGAGGAACCGUGGAACCCUGACAGAGAUCCAAAUCACACAUGGACAUUCAGUCUUACAAUAUGUUUACAGUGUUGAAGUAUGCCAUUGAUGAAAUACUCUGUGUAAGUGUUUAAAAUGAUAAUAAAGUAUUGUUUUCUCCAAUGUUCUUUCAAAUGUUUUUGAAUACCAUAGCAGUUUUGUAUGAUUAUCCUGGUGGAGGGAUUUUAUCUUCAUGAAUAUGUUUCUGUAUGAUUACUUGUUCACUGUAUGGGAAGACGAUUUUUUAAAAAUGUAAUAUUGCAGAAAUCAUGCCAGAUUAUUAUUAUUUUUUUUUUAACAAGAGUGGUGCCAUUAUUGACUUUUGGUCUCUUCAGUCUUUUUUUAAUUAUUUUAUUUUAUUUUGAAUUUUUUGAACUGUUGUGGGUUUGGUGAAGCUAUCCCUCAAGGAUGUAAAACAAAAAUAAUUUGACGAAAAAUGAGAGGAAUGAAUCUAAAAGCUGAACCUUCGGCAGGGGAAUACAAUGGUUUGUGAGGGAAUGCUUUAUUUCAAAUUCAUUCUGAGACAUCCAUGGACGUUAUGUUUUUUGCUGUUUUUCCUCAUGGUUGGCUGAAGGUCUUGUGAUGGCACUUACAGCUAUGUAAUUUGAAAUACAUUUUCAUAUUUCACUUUUCACAACUUUCACUUACACUCUUUGUACAAAAUAGUUUCCUUGUUCUUUUUGGGGGGAGUGCAUCAUUGUGAAAAAAAGUGAUGUCAGAACAGUACACAUCUGCUGUUUUGAACAUAUAUGUAUUUUUGUAAUGUGUUGAAAAAUCAAUACAAGAAAGCCAACACUUCAAUAAAUGUUGCAAUUGCUCUAUGACUGAAA